GGCUGCUGCCAUGGCAACGACCAGAGCGUCAACAUGUCCUCGGGGUCGACACGUCGUGAGAAGAAAGAGCUAGCUAAAGUAAAGGAUGAAACGCUACAGAAAGAGGAGCCAGUGUUCCUGAAGUGGCACGCGCAGACACAGCAGCAGGUCCACGAGCUGCUGAAGAAAACUCCGGAAGAACUUCAGCUUGAGCUGAAGGAGAUUCUGGGCUUCAGGAAUCAUCAGGUGUGUAUGAAGGAAGCUGCCCUGCUGGAUUACUAUGUGUGUGGCUUCUGGUGGGCCAGGGAGGCUAACUUCGACCCUCCUCAGACUUCCUUCACCAUGGCUGUGCUUUACAUGCUGCUGGAAAACAUCAGAGAGAAGCAGAUGUCUUUGGUGGAGAACAUGCUGGAGUUAGCUAAGGCCUUAGGUGCUGCCAACCAAUGCUCAACUUCAGAGGAAGACACCGUACCACUUCUGACCAGAGAAGAAGCGACCGCACUCAUAAAUUACAUUAGAAACAGUUUGUUUCAGAAAUACACACUCUACCAGCUUCUCUUCUCCUCAUCCAGAGAGGAGCUGCUCACAGGCGUGGAGAGGAACGUUGAGGUGUUCAGCUGUCAGGAUGGUUUCACCCCGAUGGAGGAAGGCAUCCCCUCUCACCUCCUCUCCCAAUAAAUGGCUCUGUGGCAUUAUCUGUAUAUAAGGAUGGAGAGAUGGCAUGAGCAAUCCUAAUCAUACCCACUUUUUGUCCUCAGUUUUAAUAUAUUUUACAUAAUCCACAUCGUCUCACAUAUAAUAAUUACUAUAUAUGUGUUAUGAAGUAGGCCCAGUUGUAUUCAACAACGACACAGAAGGUUUUACAUUUUAAGGUCUGCCUUUCAUUUUUACAUGCUUCACAACUGAUGGUUACCUGUUCACACAACAUUAAAACAAUUAAAAGAA